UCUUUACUGGCUUUUGAGUGCCUUUGUGAAAUGCUUGGGAGAUUGUUUGAACCGUAUGUGAUCCAAAUGCUACCAUUGCUUUUGGUUUCUUUCUCCGAUCAAGUUGUUGCUGUUCGUGAAGCUGCUGAUAGUGCUGCUCGUGCAAUGAUGUCUCAACUUAGUGCCCAGGGGGUGAAGCUUGUCCUGCCAUCACUAUUAAAGGGUCUUGAAGACAAAGCUUGGCGCACAAAACAAAGCAGUGUACAACUACUUGGUGCUAUGGCUUACUGUGCUCCUCAACAACUAUCUCAGUGCCUUCCAAAGAUCGUGCCAAAAUUGACUGAGGUUUUAACAGAUACACAUCCCAAAGUCCAGUCAGCUGGGCAGACAGCACUUCAGCAGGUUGGGAGUGUGAUAAAGAAUCCUGAAAUAGCUUCUCUUGUCCCUACUCUUUUGAUGGGUCUUACUGACCCCAAUGACCACACAAGAUAUUCUCUUGAUAUACUCCUCCAUACAACUUUUGUAAAUUCAGUAGAUGCACCUUCUCUUGCUCUAUUGGUGCCUAUUGUACAUAGAGGUCUAAGGGAGAGAAGCGCUGAAACCAAAAAGAAAGCUGCACAAAUAGUUGGAAAUAUGUGUUCAUUGGUUACUGAACCAAAGGAUAUGAUUCCCUAUAUAGGGUUGCUCCUUCCUGAAGUGAAAAAGGUGCUUGUGGAUCCAAUUCCAGAAGUUAGAUCUGUUGCAGCGAGGGCCCUUGGAUCCCUUAUAAGAGGAAUGGGAGAAGAAAACUUUCCAGACCUUGUACCAUGGUUGUUAGAUACUCUAAAAUCUGAUAAUAGUAAUGUUGAGCGCUCUGGAGCUGCUCAAGGACUGAGUGAGGUGUUAGCUGCACUUGGCACCAUAUACUUUGAACAUAUUCUUCCAGAUAUUAUUCGAAACUGCUCCCAUCAGAGAGCUUCUGUACGUGAUGGAUAUCUAACACUUUUCAAGUAUCUGCCAAGAUCAUUAGGUGUGCAAUUCCAGAACUACUUGCAGCAAGUGCUGCCUGCGAUCUUAGAUGGUCUUGCCGAUGAGAAUGAAUCUGUGCGUGAUGCAGCAUUGGGUGCUGGACAUAUCCUUGUGGAGCACUAUGCAACAACGUCAUUACCUUUGCUCCUUCCGGCUGUAGAGGAUGGUAUUUUCAAUGAUAGUUGGCGUAUCCGACAAAGCUCUGUGGAACUUUUGGGAGAUCUCUUGUUUAAGGUUGCUGGGACUUCUGGAAAAGCUUUACUUGAGGGUGGCAGUGAUGAUGAAGGUGCUAGUACUGAAGCACAUGGACGUGCUAUCAUUGAGGUGCUUGGAAGGGAAAAGCGUAAUGAAGUUCUUGCUGCUCUGUAUAUGGUUCGGACUGAUGUCAGUAUUUCAGUGCGUCAGGCUGCAUUACAUGUGUGGAAAACUAUAGUGGCGAAUACUCCAAAAACUCUCAAGGAAAUAAUGCCAGUUUUGAUGAAUACACUAAUUUCUUCUCUUGCAUCCUCAUCCUCUGAGAGGCGGCAGGUUGCUGGACGAUCGUUGGGAGAGCUUGUUAGGAAGCUUGGGGAAAGAGUACUUCCUUUGAUCAUACCAAUUCUAUCCCGAGGGCUGAAGGACCCUAAUGCUAGCAGAAGACAAGGGGUAUGCAUUGGUCUGAGUGAAGUGAUGGCCAGUGCUGGUAAGAAUCAGUUGGUGAGUUUCAUGGAUGAGCUCAUCCCUACUAUCAGGACAGCCCUAUGUGAUAGCGAACCUGAGGUUCGUGAGUCGGCAGGCUUAGCAUUUAGCACUCUUUUCAAGAGUGCCGGAAUGCAAGCAAUUGAUGAAAUAGUCCCAACUCUUCUACAUGCUUUGGAGGAUGAUGAAACCUCUGAUACUGCCCUAGAUGGCCUGAAGCAAAUAUUAAGUGUCAGGACUGCUGCUGUUUUACCUCAUAUUUUGCCCAAGCUUGUCCAUCCUCCAUUAUCAGCCUUUAAUGCACAUGCUCUUGGAGCUUUAGCAGAGGUUGCCGGUCCUGGCCUUAAUUUUCACCUUGGCACUAUUCUUCCUGCUUUACUCUCUGCCAUGGGUGGUGAAGAUUCGGAGGUUCAAACUUUGGCCAAGGAAGCUGCAGAAACAGUAGCCUUUGUUAUAGAUGAGGAAGGCAUUGAAUCUUUGAUAUCAGAGCUUCUUAAAGGUGUUGGGGACAGUCAGGCUUCAAUUAGAAGAAGUUCUGCAUAUAUGAUAGGAUACUUCUACAAAAACAGCAAAUUAUAUUUGGUUGAUGAAGCUCCAAAUAUGAUAUCUACAUUGAUUAUUUUGCUUAGUGAUCCAGACUCAGCUACUGUUGGGGUUGCGUGGGAGGCUUUGUCAAGGGUUGUUGGUUCAGUUCCCAAAGAGGUGCUGCCUUCAUAUAUAAAGCUAGUACGUGAUGCUGUAUCUACAUCCAGAGAUAAAGAGCGCAGAAAAAAGAAGGGAGGGCCAAUUCUCAUUCCUGGGUUCUGUCUCCCAAAAGCUCUUAAGCCAUUGCUUCCAAUAUUUCUUCAAGGUCUAAUAAGUGGGUCCGUUGAAUUAAGAGAGCAGGCAGCACUGGGUCUUGGGGAGCUUAUUGAAGUGACUAGUGAACCAGCACUGAAGGAGUUUGUUAUUCCUAUAACAGGGCCUCUUAUCCGAAUUAUUGGUGAUCGGUUCCCGUGGCAGGUGAAGAGUGCCAUUUUGUCUACCUUAACCAUCAUAAUAAGAAAGGGUGGGAUGGCACUUAAGCCUUUUCUUCCCCAGCUUCAAACAACAUUUAUCAAGUGUCUACAGGAUAAUACCAGGACUGUUCGUUCAAGUGCUGCUCUUGCACUUGGAAAGCUUAGUGCUCUCAGUACCAGGGUUGAUCCUUUAGUUGGUGACCUUCUGACAAGUUUGCAGGAAUCCGAUGCUGGGAUUAGGGAGGCCAUUUUGACUGCUUUAAAAGGUGUACUGAAGCAUGCUGGGAAGAUUGUGAGCAGUACUGUUAGAUCUCGUGUCUAUGUUAUCCUGAAGGAUUUAAUUCAUCACGAUGAUGACCAAGUUCGAAUAUCUGCUGCAAUCAUUUUGGGCAUCAUGUCACAGUACAUGGAAGAUGCUGAGCUGGCUGACCUCAUUCAGGAACUCUUUAAUUUAGCUUCUUCUCCUGGCUGGGCUCCUAGACAUGGCUCUGUACUGGCAUUCUCUGCCUUGCUUAGGCACAAUCCUUCUGCAGUUUUUAUGUCUCCAGUUUUCCCAUCAAUUGUAGACCGUCUCAAAAGCUCCUUGAAAGAUGAGAAGUUUCCGCUUCGUGAAGCUUCAACCAAGGCUUUAGGGAGGCUUUUACUUCAUCAAAUUCAAAGUGACCAUUCUAACUCCAAGGCAAUUGCUGAUAUUCUUUCAUCGGCAGUGUUAGCAUUGCAUGAUGACUCCAGUGAAGUUCGUCGAAGGGCAUUGUCUGCUCUAAAAUCUGUUGCAAAAGCAAAUCCGUCAGCAGUAGCGGCGAAUGUGACAAUAUUUGGUCCUGCACUUGCUGAAUGUUUGAAGGACGGAAGUACUCCAGUGAGACUGGCUGCUGAAAGAUGCGCCUUGCAUUGCUUUCAGUUGACAAAGGGGACAGAAUAUGUUCAAGCUGCCCAAAAAUUUAUUACAGGUUUGGAUGCCAGACGAUUAUCAAAAUUUUCUGAGCACAGUGAUGACAGUGACGACAGUGAAGAUGACUCGGCAAGUGGCUGAAAAUGUUGGUGGUCACCGAUCCAUUUUAAUUUUGAAGUUCUUCAAGAGUGGAAGUAUAAUCUGAUGAUGAGGGAAGUCUAUGGCCGAAUUUUUUAUGGCGUCUGUGUUUGUUCAUAGGAGAUACAGAUAUACACACAAAGAGAGGUCCAAACCCAAAAUUGUCUCAUCCGAAUUUUGUUUAUUGUCAUUUGUAAUUGGGUAAUCAAUUAGCCAACAGGGUAUCAUAUACUGGUCUGAAGACCAUAUAUUCUCUCAUCACAAUUUUGUAUGAAUUUUGGCAACUGCUAAUGCAAAUAGAAAGCUAAUUUGUAAAGCUUUCAUUUGUAAUUAGAAAACUAGUAAUUGUUUGUCCAUAAGAUUGUCAUAUAAUUUAUAGUCAUCUGUUAAAUUAUGAGAGUUA